UAUCGGCUGAAGUCGCUUAGCCAUGCAGCCCUGGCAGAAAUAAUUUUAGAAUCUCUUUCUUAUUUGUAAAUUCUUUACCUAGUGUCCGACCGAGUAAUCUCGUAUUAAUCCAUGUCCGGGCCGAAUUUAGCGGGUGAAGUGGCCGGGGAAGAGUAGCCUCACCAACCUUGAGUUAGUUAGUAGCACCGAAUACCCUCAGCUGGCGGCGACGACGGCGCUCAGCCAUCGAUUUUUAUUCGAAGCGAAUGUUGCGGAAUUUCCCACUCAACUUUCCAACGCGAGUGUAAGAGAGCUCUGAAGCGAAAACAGCGACAACGGCGGCACUUGUCACAACGCAAUGAAGGACGGUGGACACAUAACGCUCACGCUUUCGCCCGGAUCGGGAUCGACAUCGGGAUUGGUGGGCGAUGAGCGGGGCAGAAAGAGUCUGCGGCGGGCUUGGAAUCAGCUGCCGCGUUGUCAGCGCAAUCUCAUCAUUCUGGGUAUUACGGCCUUGUGCGUCACGGCGGUGCUCUGCCUGAGCGGCGAUCAGUUGACAGCCACCAGCCACCAGGAUGAGGAUCCCAAGACGGCUCCCUAUCAUCUGCGUCUGCAGAAUCCCCACCACCAUCCACCAAUGCCGGAGAAGGACCAACCCGAAGCCCUAACGGAGGCGGCGCUUCCUGCUCCCGAAGAUAAGCGACAGCCCCACCCGGAGGCGUUGAGCGAUAAGUUUAAUGACAUCGUGGCCUACGGUGAUGCAAACUCUGCCGAGAAUGUGGUUCGAUUGCCGGAGACAGUGGCCGCACAGGGACCGCCGCAAGCCGUGGCCGUGCCCCCGCCAGAGAAUAACAAGGAGCAGGACAUCGGUGGGAUCGACAUACUUAAUAAUGUGGAAGAGCCCAUCGAUCAGCAGCAGCAGCAGCAGCUACACCUAAGCGAACGCGAACUGCUCGAUCAGGCCAUCCAGAGUCCGCUGAAGCUGGGCGGUGUCAGCUUCAAGGAGCAUCUGCGCAGGAUUCAACCGCUGCUGGCCAAGGCCCAGCACUUCCACGGAGCAACCAAUGAGCGGCAAUCGGCGGUGGUGGCGGCCUUUAAGCACUCCUGGGCGGGAUACAAGAAGUACGCCUGGGGACAUGACAAUCUGAAGCCCAUCUCGCAAUACUCGCAUGAGUGGUUUGGCCUUGGUCUGACCAUUGUGGACUCUUUGGACACCAUGUACAUUAUGGGUUUGGAUGAUGAAUUCAAAGAGGCUCGCGACUGGAUAGACCAUUCACUGCGCUUCGACACUAAGCGUGAUGUUAAUCUUUUCGAGGUGACCAUACGAGUUCUGGGCGGCUUGCUGUCUGCCUAUCAUCUCAGCGGGGACACAAUGUUUCUCGCCAAGGCAUCAGAGUUGGGCAACCGCUUGUUGCCCGCCUUCCUGUCGCCGUCUAGCAUUCCCUAUUCGGACGUAAAUCUCGGCGAUCUUUCGGCACACGCGCCCAAAUGGUCACCGGACAGUUCCACCAGCGAAGUCACCACCAUUCAGCUAGAGUUCCGUGACCUGAGUCGCUCCACAAACAUUUCCAUUUACGAACAGGUUGCCCACAAAGUGAACGAGAAGGUACAUGAACUGGAAAAGAAUCAUGGCCUUGUGCCCAUAUUCAUCAAUGCAAACACGGGGACCUUCCGUAACUAUGCCACGAUUUCACUGGGCGCACGAGGGGACUCUUACUAUGAGUAUUUGCUCAAGCAAUGGGUUCAGACUGGCCGCCGGGAUAACGAUAACCUUAUCUUGGAUUACAUGCAGGCCAUUGAUGGCGUGCUCACCGAGCUAAUGCGUCGCACUCCGCGGGAGCAUUGGGUUUAUAUUGGCGAGCUGAUCAAUGGCAAAGAUUUCAAGCCGAAAAUGGACCAUCUGACGUGCUACUUGCCGGGAACUCUGCUCCUGGGACACCAGAACGGUAUGCCGGACUCGCACUUGAUCUUGGCCAGGGACUUGAUGGAUACUUGCUAUCAGACUUACAUUAUGAAUCCCACACACUUGGCCGCAGAGAUUUCGUACUUUGCACUCACGGAUAAGGACGAACAGGACAUCUAUGUAAAGCCUAACGAUGCACACAACCUGCUGCGGCCAGAGUUCGUGGAGAGUCUGUACUAUUUCUACGCGUUGACCGGAAAUCGCACAUACCAGGACAUGGGUUGGACCAUAUUCCAGGCAUUCGAGACACACGCCAAGGUGAAUGCUGGCUAUACGUCACUGGGAAAUGUAAAGAACACGCAGAGCACGCGCCUGCGCGAUCUGAUGGAGAGCUUCUGGCUGAGCGAGACCUUGAAGUACUUUUACCUGCUGUUCAGCGAUGACCGCAAGGAGAUCGAUCUGGAACAGUGGGUCUUCAAUUCGGAGGGCCAUCCACUGCCUGUGUAUCCGCUCAAGACUUAAUUAGGAAACUAAUUGGAGGGCAGCGCAACUUAGUUGCGUCAGCGUAGCGAACUAAUUGGAAACUCGAAUGGAGGGAGGUGGCGCAUUUAGGCUGCAAUAAUCUCGUACUCGUACUCGUACUCGUACUCUAGCGCAAAUGCCAAAUACUAUGCUAAGCUUAGGGUUAGGCCGAGCUCACACACAGUUGGUGGCCAAUUGAAGGAAGCAGUGUCCCAUGCUGGGAUGGGUCCAUUCAGAUUAAGGGGGGGAGAUGCAUAUAGAUAACGAAAUAGUAUAUGUUUUUAACUAUUAACUGCAUUUGGAAUAAUUGUUAUAUUUCGAAAAACAAAAAUCCAAAUUUGUUAUUUUUUUCAAAUAAUUAAAUUUUUUUCUUUUUUAAAUGUCGGACGUAGGCGUCAUUUUUGUAAUUGUUCUCCUAACGUCGAAAUCCUUAAAAAAAAUAGAUAACUUCCUAAAUGGUAUAAAAUUCGAGAUGAGUUAUUUUACGAAAACAAAAUUUCGUUUAUAUGUGAAUCUCUCCCCCUCUCAAAGCGAAACAAAAUUCAAAAUCAAUUUUAAUAUGUCUCCUUUGAACAAUGUAAAUGAUAUGAUAUUUUAACUAAAUGCAAUAUAGCGAUUUAGAUGUGUUUUUAAUAUCAGCCGCGAUCGAUUGUAUCUAUAUUCUUUGUACUGAUAUCUGUUAUUUUGUAAUAAUUUAUUUCCUACUAUAUAAGCACCUCGAUAUUGGGCCAUUGCUGAUCCCUCUCAGCCAGAAGGUUUUAACUUGGUAAUCUCCCUAGUAGUUCAAUGUGUGUAUGUAUUUACUUUAGCCAGAAGUUAGGAGCACAAAGUCAAUUUGUGUGUGUAAACUAAACAGUACGAAUCUCAGCCAACAAAGGCUUCAUUCAAACCCAGAAAAAAAAAACAUUAGGAAAAACAGCCGAUAUAAUAAAAUGCGAGAGUUUUCUUAAAAUUUGA